UUCACUCACUGUGUGGUCAAAUACCUUGAAGCUCACGAUAUUAAUUGGUUUUGUUUAGUAAUUAGGGCGGCGGCUUUAAAUGCCCUUCGGCUAGCCCGUUCUUUCCCCCUCACCCCCUGGUUAUCCAGUUCGACUGUUUACGUGAUUAUUUGAUAUAUUUUAAUAAUCGCAAAUAUGUUAAGCCCAAGUGCCGCGUACAGCUCUGCCUCGGCGGGGUCGACUGACGGGCUCCAACGCUGCCUGGUCACUCUCCUGUGGGUAGCGCUUAUCACUCCAGCCCGAGGAUCCAAGGCCGGCGCCGUGGUGGUGGAAUGCGAGGAGGAGUACGUGGAAGUUCGUAUUCCGAGACAACUCAUCACGUCUCCAAUUAAAGUGCUCGAUGAGCACGGCUAUGCCCUGAACGCCCACAGAAUCGCUACAAAGUGCGGCUACACCCUGUCUUCAGGCUGGGACGACACCCUGGUCUUCAGAACCACCUACUACAGCUGCUAUGUGCAUGAACAGAGGAAUGGUUGGUUCAGCUUUGUGCUGCAGAUAGAGGGCGCUCUCUUGCCAGUGACGUGCCGCCGCGGGUCAGGGCUGAGCCCAGAGACUGAUGGCAACGUAAACAUCUGGGCGGUUGCCAAGACAACGGCGAGAAACAUCUGGGGAGCCGUGAACGAGAUUCCAGUAAUGGUUACUGAUGUGAACAUCUUGCCUGUCAACUUCAGGCUGAAGACCACAGUGGAGUAUUCUUCUCUCUUUCCCUCCUCCCCAGGUCCCCCUGCGGUCAGGUUUGUGACCCCAGAUGCAGGACUCUGGGAGAUAAAGACUGAGUUACCCAGGGUGACAGAGUUCCUGAGCCACGGGCUGCGGUGUGGGGCUGACGGGAUCUCUGAAUCCGAAUGCAUCCGCCUGGGCUGUGCCUUCGACUCUGUGCACCACAGCCCCCCCUGCUUCUAUAAAUACACAGGCUGCUCUCGGUCGGGUCACUUUGUCAUCCUGGUCAACAGCAGCUCCACGACCCCGCCCCUUCGACUGACAUCUGCACGCGUGUCACAGGGUCAGGGGGCACAGUGCCAGCCCAAGUGGAUGACCUCUGACCUGGCAGUGUUCCACUUCCCGGUCCGUGAUUGUGGGAGUGGGAAACUGCUCGUAGGAGACUCUGUCCUGUACGAGACAGAGAUCGUUGCUGAUCGGGAUCUGGUGACUGCGCUGAGCUACGCUAUCAGUCGUGACAGUGGGUUCCGGCUGCGUGUGCGCUGUGUGUAUCAGGCGAGCGGGGACGCCAGACUGGAGACCAUCGUCAACCCCCCACCCGCCUUCAAACCCAUCUCUGAACUGGGAACCGUGAGGCUGGAGCUACGCAUCGCAAAAGGCAGGUCAAGCACAGUCGCUGACACUCGGAAUAUCCAUUGCAUUAUUGCUGCGAAUCAAGGCUUCCUUAAUUCUAGCCUCCUUAUUGGCUAUUAACAUUCUUUUCCCCUCCCCUUUUAAAGCAU